GCCUCCCCCAAUCCCCCCAAUUUCUCCAUAUAAACCCUCCGCAUUCAAAGGCCGAAGCCGGUUCUCUCUCUCCCUAUCGCUCAUCUCCAUCUCGUUCCCAAUAUCCAUGGCCCCCAUCAAGAGAGAUCCCGAGCCAACGGCCAGCAUCCGCCGUAGAUUCUCCACGGCCCCACCCCGAGAUGGCCCACCCUCACCGACGCCACAAGCCACCGACGCUCUCCUCCUCCCCCUCCGCGUCACCAACAAGUUCUUCCUCCCUCUCUUCUUCGUCGCCGCCUACUUUCUCAUGCGUCGCUGGCGCGAGAAGAUCCGCACUUCCACUCCUCUCCAUCUCCUCACCCUCAGCGAAAUGGCCGCUAUAGUCGCUCUCCUCGCCUCCUUCAUAUACCUCCUCGGUUUCUUCGGUAUCGAUUUCGUCCAAUCCCUCAUCUUCCGUCCCGCCGAAGACGAUGUGGCUGAUUUCAUCCAAUCCCCACAACCACCCCAAAACCCCAUCCCAGCCGUCCAUUCCCCUCCAUUCCCCGCCGAUGACGCCGACCUCGUCAGUGCCGUCGUUUCGGGCUCCAUGCCUUCUUAUUCGCUCGAGUCGAAGCUUGGAGACUGCAAGCGCGCUGUGGCCAUCCGGCGCGCCGCGCUCCAGAUGAAGACCAGGCGGUCGUUGGAUGGGCUCGGGCUGGAUGGUUUUGACUACGAGUCGAUCCUCGGGCAGUGCUGCGAGAUGCCCAUUGGGUACGUGCGGCUGCCGGUGGGGAUUGCAGGCCCGCUGCUGCUUGAUGGGAGGGAGUACACUGUGCCGAUGGCGACGACGGAGGGGUGCCUUGUCGCGAGCACGAAUAGGGGGUGUAAGGCGAUAUAUGUGUCGGGAGGGGCGACGAGUGUGUUGAUGAGGGAUGGGAUGACAAGGGCCCCGGUGGCAAGGUUCGGGACGGUGAAGAGGGCAGCUGCAUUGAAGUUCUUCCUGGAGGAUCCGAUCAAUUUUGAUACGUUGGCUGUGGUUUUCAACAGGUCAAGCAGAUUUGCUAGGCUUCAAGGGAUUCAAUGCUCGUUGGCGGGGAAGAAUGUCUACAUGAGAUUCACCUGCAGCACCGGAGAUGCGAUGGGGAUGAACAUGGUAUCCAAAGGCGUGCAGAACGUCAUGGAUUUCCUCCACACCGAUUUUCCUGACAUGGAUAUAAUCAGCAUCUCGGGCAAUUUUUGUUCAGACAAGAAGCCAGCUGCAGUGAAUUGGAUCGAAGGGCGUGGUAAAUCGGUUGUUUGCGAGGCGAUCAUCAAGGAGGAGGUGUUAAGGACGGUUCUGAAGACCAAUGUACCUGCAUUGGUGGAGCUAAACAUGCUCAAGAACCUUGCUGGGUCAGCCAUGGCUGGAGCCUUGGGAGGCUUCAAUGCUCAUGCCAGCAACAUUGUCUCUGCAAUCUUCAUCGCCACCGGCCAAGAUCCCGCUCAGAAUGUGGAGAGCUCUCACUGCAUCACCAUGAUGGAAGCCAUUAAUAAUGGGAAAGAUCUCCAUGUAUCUGUUACCAUGCCUUCCAUUGAGGUUGGUACAGUUGGUGGUGGGACCCAACUAGCAUCCCAAUCAGCUUGUCUGAAUCUACUUGGUGUGAAGGGUGCAAGCAUGGAGUCUCCAGGAGCAAAUGCCAGGCUCUUGGCUACCAUCAUUGCUGGUUCAGUUCUGGCGGGAGAGCUCUCCCUCAUGUCUGCUCUUGCAGCAGGCCAGCUUGUCCAGAGCCACAUGAAAUACAACAGAUCAAGCAAAGAUGUAUCCAAAGCUACUUCCUGAAGAACAAAAACCCCAUCUGGAGAUGGACCCCAGAUAAGCCCAAAAAACCAGAAAAAAAGAAGGAAAAUAAAGAAAUCCCCAAGGACAAGCAAAUCCCAGCCAGGAAAACCCAAGCAGGCAGAGCCUUGUAUUUUGAUGACUUUCUAAUCAUGUGGGUUCUCUUCUAAGCUGUGAAAUCAUAUAUGCCCUUGUAGUCAAUGAGGGAAGAAAAGGUUUAGGGAAGCUAACAGCUAUAUCAUUACCCAUCCAUCCAUCCAUCAUUGGAUAUCCUACUUUCUAUUGCCAUAUGUGGGCAUCAGACCGACUCAUUCUUUGUUGGAAUUUCUUGUUGUCAGUUGGUGUUUUCUCCCAUUUGAUGUUAUCCAUUUUCUCCUACUCGUUCUUGUGUUAUGGUAGCUUUUGUAUUUGUGAGGAAGAACAUUUAAAAAAGAAAGGUUUGCUGUC